CCUCACCCAUCCAAUUCAUUUCAUUUCAAAUCCCCAUUGUUUCCUUUUUUUUUUCUCUCUCAUUUUUCUCCCCCCAACAAUAAACCUAAAAUCAAACAAAACCCCAAAAUCAUUCAUUCUUCUUUUCUUUUUUGGGUGACUGGAAACCUCCUCUACCAGUUUUGUUUUUAUAAUUUUGAGUUGGAAAUUAAAAAAAGAAAAAGAAAUAGAAGGGGAGAGAGAAAAGCGGUGUUGAUUAAUAUUUUGUUUAUAUACAGAAGAGAAAAAGGAAUGGGGGAUUCACCAAAAAGCCCAGAGAGCAGCGGCGGUAGUGGUAGAGGGGGAGGGCGUUGUUCGUCGUCGUUAAUGGAAAGCUUGUUGGGUCUUCUUCGGGUUCGGAUCAUUCGUGGCGUCAACCUCGCCGUUCGUGACGUCCGUAGCAGCGAUCCUUAUAUUGUUGUUAAAAUGUCUAAUCAGAAAUUAAAGACUCGUGUGAUUAAGAAGGACAUUAAUCCAGAAUGGAACGAGGACCUUACUCUAUCGGUUACAGAUCCCAACGCUUUAGUCAAGCUGACGGUGUACGACCAUGACACAUUUAGCAUGGACGACAAGAUGGGCGACGCAGAGUUUGAGAUAGGGUCAUACAUUGAAGCAUUGAAGAUGGAUUUAUCAGGGUUACCGAGUGGAACGAUAGUGACAAAAGUGCAACCAAGCAGGCAAAAUUGUCUAGCGGAAGAGAGUGGGAUUGUGUGGAACGAAGGAAAAGUUGUUCAAAAUAUUUGUCUAAGAUUGCGCAAUGUUGAAUGUGGAGAACUCGAAAUCCAAUUGCAAUGGAUUGAUCUUCCUGGUUCUAAAGCUUCGUUGAUCACGAACACAUCGACGUGGUUGGAAGUGAGUGGCAACAAUUCAAUUCAAAGUACUACAAGUGUGGAAGUGAUUGACAACAAUUCAAUUCAAAGUAGUACAAAUGUGGAAUGUUUUGAGAGGAUACCUACAAAAUCAUCAAAGAAGCUUUGGACACCUGUAUGGCGUCUACAACGCAUAUUUCAUUAUGUAAAUCGCUUCAAGUCUAGACUUAUUCUCCAACGUUGUUUAUAUAAGAAAUGAGGCGCGUUAUAUAUAUAUAUAGACUUAAGUUGGGUAUGAAUCACAUCGGUUACUUGCAUAUCAACAUUUAUUAACACUAAA